AUGGAUCAAGAAUCAACUACCCAACACCUUAUGAAUGCUGCAAGGCAGGUAACUUAUCACCUACGCAAGUGGAAAAGGCAAAAUCAGCAGCAAAAGGCAAUUUCAAAUGUUUCCAACAAGAUCUGGGCUUUUACAGAUGAGGUAUUUGAGGUAACUGUUAUGUACAACAUGGUACAACAAUUAACACUAAGGUUGUUUCAUACUGAAUCGCAUGUGGAGUUUGUCCUAACAUUGAUAUAUGCUAAAUGUGAUACAAUUGAGAGGAUAGAAUUAUGGGAUUCAUUAUAUGAAAUGGCAAGGUAUAUGGAUGCACCAUGGCUUGUAGGAGGUGAUUUCAAUGUAAUAUGGGACGAAGAAGAGAAGUUUGGCAGCAUAUUUACAUGGUGGAAUGGGAGAGCAGAGGAAGACUGUAUAUUCAAAAGGCUAGAUAGAUGCUUGGCCAAUGUUGAGUUCCAACAAACAUUCCCAGGAAUAAAGGUGCAACAUUUGUCAAAGACUGGUUCUGAUCAUAGUCCAAUGUAUCUGAAGUGUGAUAUUGAGACUCCACCAAUAAAAAAGCCUUUUAAAUUCUUGAAUUUUUGGGUGGAACAUGCGACUUUUAAAGAUGUGGUGAAAGAGAAUUGGACAGCUGAUUUCAGUGCAAAUCCUUAUAUUCUUUUUAAUCACAAGUUAAAAAAAUUAAAGAAGGCCCUUUCAUUGUGGAGUAAGGCUACAUUUGGAGAUAUUUUCCAAAAGAUAGCAAGCAUGGAGGAGGUAGUGAUGGUUCAUGAAGCAGAAUUUGAAGCAAAUCCUACAGGGAUGAACAGGGAAAGGCUACAAAAGGUUCAGGCAGAAUUGAUCAAAUGUAUUGCACUAGUAGAGAAAUAUUGGCAACAAAAGGCAGGCAUGACUUGGUUCAAGGAAGGGGAUAGGAACACGAAGUUCUUCCAUGCACAAUUCACAGAAGCAGCUACUCCUUCAUCAUUUGAUAUCGUAGAGCAUGUUCCUAAUCUGAUUAAUACUGAGCAGAAUGCAGAAUUGAUUAAGCAUCCAUUAAGGGAGGAGGUUAAUGUGGCAGUACUUGGACUUAAUGGUGAUAGUGCUGGGGGGGCAGAUGGUAUGACAGGCAAAUUCUAUCAUUCUUGUUGGGACAUAAUAGGGGAUGACCUGUACGACAUGGUGAGGGCUUUUUUCAAUGGUCAUGAGCUACCCAAGUGUGUAACACACACCAACCUAGUUCUGCUACCAAAGAAAAAAGAAGUUACCACUUUUUCUGAUUUAAGACCAAUAAGCCUUAGUAACUUUUCAAAUAAGGUUAUAUCAAGGGUGGUACAUGAAAGGCUAGUGAAAUUUCUCCCAAGUGUGAUAUCAGAGGAACAUUCAGGUUUUGUUAAGGGUAGGAAUAUAGUAGAAAAUAUCCUUCUAACUCAGGAGAUAGUGACUGACAUUAGGCUUAGAACUAAGGCUGGACCUAAUGUCAUCCUGAAGCUAGAUAUGACCAAAGCUUAUGAUAGAUUAUCUUGGCUAUUCCUAACCAAGGUACUGAGAAAGAUGGGAUUCAUAGAAAGGUUGAUAGGGAUUGUCUUUGGAUUAGUUUCAAACAAUUGGUAUUCUAUUCUAACCAAUGGUCAAGCUCAUGGGUUCUUUAAGUCCUCAAGGGGAGUAAAACAAGGUGAUCUUAUAUCUCCAACUUUGUUUAUCUUGGCAGCAGAAGCAUUAUCUAGGGGUCUCAAUGCACUACAUACUCACCUGUAUUUUUGUGAAUUUGGGAUGCCAAAGUGGAGUCCAAAGAUCAAUCAUUUGGCUUAUGCGAAUGAAAUGAUUAUUUUCUCAUCCUCAGAUGAAACAUCUCUGAUGUUGAUUAUGCAAGUGUUGAAUACAUAUGAAGUUGCAUCUGGGCAGCUUGUUAACAAGACCAAAUCAGUUGUGUACAUGCAUCAUUUAACAGACAUGAGAAAGCUGGAAUACUAUCAGCCCCUAAUUACUAAGGUAAUGGACAAACUGCAAUCAUGGCAAGGCAAGUUAUUAUCAGUUAGGGGCAGGAGAAGCUCUGUAGGAGGAACUAGUAGGCAUUUGGCUUCAUGGAAUACAUUAUGCAUGCCAGUUGGGGAAGGAGGAAUAGGUUUCAGGUCACUGCAUGAUGUAGCAAAGGCAUUAUUCAGCAAGUUGUGGUGGAAUUUCAGAACAAAACCAAGCCUAUGGAGCUCUUUCGUAUAUCAGAAAUACUGUAAGAAAUUGAAUUCUAUAAUUGUUCCAUGGAAAAGGGGGUCUCACAUUUGGAGAAAAAUGUUGGAAUGCAGAGAUCUGAUUGAACAUCAAAUCUUUUGGCAAACAAAAAGGGGAUCCUCACUAUUUUGGUUUGAAAACUGGACAGGUCUUGGGGCACUAUAUUUUUUAGUUCCUCAGGACUUUGGCAUUGAUGAAACUGUACAUAAUGUACAUGAUGUUACCUUAGAUGGUGAGUGGGAUGUGGACAGGCUAUUUGAAAUGCUUCCUGAAGACUUAGCAGUACACAUUCUGGAGAAAAUCAAACCACCUUCACCUCAGCAGGUUCUUGACAUGCCUUGUUGGAUGCAGGAAACAAGAGAAUAUUUCAGUGUUAAGUCAGCAUGGGAUUAUAAGAGAAGAAGAGAUGAACCAAGAACAGCUUAUAUGAUGAUUUGGGUAAAGGGACUGCCUUUUAAAAUAUCAUUUUUCAUAUGGAAAGUGUGGAAAGCAAAGCUACCUUUAAAUGAUUUCUUGAAAAGGGUAGGCUACUGUAUGCCAUCAAAAUAUUGGUGUUGUGUACAGCCUAACGAGGAAUCUCUUCAGCACUUGUUUUUAGAUCAGAAACUGCAAGGACAACUUGGAAGUAUUUUCUAUCGAGGGCAAGAAUAG